AGAUCUUUAGGAAGGCCUACUUCUUCCUGAGUCCAUUACGAGAGAAACUAAGUGUACGAUUGUAGCAAGCUUCCGUCGAGCCUCGAUAUUAUUCGUCUCUCGCUCAGUCCACAGGGCCGGGGUUUUAUAGCACACUCGUAUCUGUAUAGGACAGUCCGUAACCUGUUGAUCGAAUUAGCGUGAAACAUCAGACAAAAACAAUCUCUUCCCGCCGUCUUGUCUUGGUGGCAGGAGGCUUUGCCCGUGGGCAGCAUUGAGUACUGUGUGAAACUGGAAGACGAAUAGUUCUCCGGUGAGUGUGAGCGGAGAGCAGGGUGUCCUCGUUAUCAUACACUGCACGGCACGCCGCCUCAAUGCCUAUUUGCGUCAGCAUCAUCAGUUUGGCGGUCGCCCUGGGUGCGUUGUCAGCGCAAGCAGCGCCGUCCUCGCCCAGUGAUGGCGUGUGGCGCUCGUGUUCAGGGGGCAUUGAGAUCCUCAUAGCCACAAACUCCCCAAAGACAUGGACGGAAGCCGAGAAAGAAUGCCAGCGAUGUGGUGCGCAUUUGGCUGUGUUUGACGCAAGCACCAUCGGUUCCACAUGCAGGAGUGAAGUGGAAGAGGUAAAUAGUAAGUCCGGGGCACACGUUGCCUUCACCUCCCACAGGCGUGACAUGUUCAACGCGCUCUCCGACUAUAACGGUGACGCGCCACUACUGAAGUUCCGCUUGAUGGGAGCAAGAUGUGCAGAGAGGUCCUCCGGCGGUGCAGUAUCCAUCAGCGAUGCAGCCUGUAAUGGUGGCUCUGCGCUGCCAUUCAUUUGCCAACGACCAACAGACGAAUCUCAGCGAAAGAUGUCAAUCUUGUGCAAUCGCGCACAGUACAUCUAUCAUGUGUUUGCGUUUUCAAGGCAGCACGCCGCGGACACCUGUGACGGGCUUUAUGACGGCGGUCAGUUGGCCAAUACGACCCAGUCCGACAUCAGCUGUAUACGACAGCUUCUCAACUCUGAACCGCUAGCCCGGCAGAAUAUGACUUCUGUGGAGAUAUACACAUCCACACAGGAAGUGUCAGCGCUCAAUGUCAGGAGCUGUGGCUACUUGAAUGCUGCGACUGGAACAGUCCAGAUGCGCCCAUGUCAGAAAGUAUCUCCAGUCGUAUGUGUAAGGCAGGUAACCUGGCGGUCCUGCUCGGGAGGAAUUGAUCUAUUAGUGGACGCGCGUGCUCGGCAGACAUGGACAAAUUCGGAGAAACAGUGCCAGCACUAUGGCGGCCAUUUGGCUGUGGUUGAUAUGGCCCAGAUCGGUGCAGACUGCAGUGCUGAUGUGGCAGCACUGGGUGACACCCAGGCACAUAUCGGUAUCACCGCGUCUCUGGACGACACGUUCCGCUCGCUGCCCGACCAUAACAGUCGGUCGCCGCUGUUGCAGUUCAGUACAUUCGGAACCAGAUGUGCAGCGGCAGCAGUAUCUUCCACCAAUGGUGCAGCAUCCGUCAGCACUAGCACUACUAGCUGUAAUGGAGAACCAUGGCGACCAUUCAUUUGCCAGCGACGGACGGCCAUUGAGGAGAGGGGAUUCUCGAUAUUGUGCAAUGGCAACAUGUACAUAUACCAUCCAAUUGCUUUCUCGAGACAGCAAGCAGCCGAUGCGUGUGCUCAAAUUUACGAUGGUAGUGAACUUUCCGGCACAGCCCCGUCGGACGUCGCUUGCAUACGGCAGCUGCUCAACUCACAGCCUCUCGCUGGGCGUGGCCUGGACUCGAUAGAUAUGUACACAUCAAGGACGCACACGUCGUCAUUCGCAGGCACCCGUUGUGGCUACUUAAAAGCUUCGGACGGAUCAAUCGCACUGCGUUCGUGCCAACAGACAUUGCCAGCCAUAUGCACGCAAAGCAUGCCUGAACACCGUACACGUCCAUCGGCGGGAAAUGUUCCACCGACAGCUACACAGCGCCAACAGCCCGGGAUCAGUGACUCCAUCGCAGCUGCGGCUACGCAGCCACCCCUUCCUCCUAGUGUCUUAGCCAUGUUUGAUCGUAUCCUCAAGGAAGUGGCACAGCUCGUUCCUGGGCAUUCGGUGAAUAUAGCCUACAACUGCAAGUCCGCAAUCAAGGUUGCACAUUCGACAAUAUCAGGAACAGCACCUGUGUUCACUGUCAGGUGCAGAGAUGGUUACGAGCUGGUUGGCAAUCCUACUGUCACUUGUACUAGCCCUACAGCAAACACAGGCUUACCGCAAUGCAAGCCUGAUGCCUCAGGGAUAUUGGAGCGUAUCCUCAAGGAACUGGCAAAGCGUGUUCCGGGCCAUUCGUUGAUUACACACUUAGAUAAUCCGGAGAACACAACGACUGGGUAUCCGCAAAUGCAACCGGUGGUUAUCGAGGUUACCCAGGCAACCUCUGGAUCGGCCAGCACAACGGCAAAUGUUUUGAUAUUGACAGUCAUUCUCAUUCUCGCUUGCCAUGUGUAAAAAAAAGAAAAGUAAAUUAUCGUGUCCGUUCCCGAAGGUAACUCACGACGGCCGCUAACACCCGAUAAACCCUGCCAUGUGUGCCAUGUGCCAUGUGUAGCUGGUAACAUAACCUUUUGCGCGUUUGGCUUCUAUUCGCAGAUGAGUUGUUGGUGUUAACCCACGUCCCUCGCCAGCCUGAUGAAUUAGCACGGUGUUAAAAUCGUGUUGUAAUGUUACAGGAGACCCGCCAUCCCCACUUUGUACAUGCUAACCGUACAGAGUCUGCUGCUACAAAGCUGAUGUUGGGCUACUCCCUGCUGAGCUCUGGUCUUGCGCGUGUCUGCUGCGCGCUUUCAAACUGCAUUACGGUGUGUGGGACAUGGUAUUCCUGUAAUGUAAACAUGGCCAUGCAGUGAUGUGGUGUACACUAUUUUCUGUUCAACUCCGAUUAGGAGUGCAGCUUCUGCAGUGCUGUUGGUGCUUUUAGCCUAAUAUGUUUUCUUCUUUAUUACAUUCCAUGUGAAAAGGUUUUUAUGCAUGCAAGUGGCAUUUGUACGGAAAAGUGAAUUAGUGUGUUAGCGUCACUACUCAAGUCUGCCAUUUUCCUGCAUGUAACAUUAAGGAAAGUAAUUAUAAAUUUCAGACGUGUAUACUCAAGAAGUUGGUUGCUCCAACGAGGAGCGCGCGCUUCUUACCGAACUUGAAGUUCGAAGUCGAAGUCGCAACUUCUAAGUGUGUAUACUCAAGUUUGAAGAU